UUGGGUGCAGCAGGCUCAGAAAGGAGGUUACGUGUCUAGGAAGGUACAGCCGACCAUAAUAAGCACACCUGGAGUUUGAAGUCACCUCUCACCCCAUGUGACCCCAGAGAUAACAUCUCUCCUUUUACCUCCCUUGAUCCUUCUCAGCCCCAAGGCAUUCGGCCUGUCCACCAGCCACCCAUGCCUCCUGGAAUCCAGCCUGUGAUAUACCCCAACAUGUCCUAUCCUAUACCUUUGUUCACCUCCAUCCCAAAUGGGCUUUACCCAUCCAAGUCCAUCAUCAUAUCAGGCACGGUCCUGCCUGAUGCUCAGAGGUUCCACAUCAACCUUCGCUCGGGGAUGGACAUCGCGUUUCACCUGAAUCCCCGUUUUAAUGAGAAGGCUGUAGUCCGAAACACCCAGAUCAACAACUCCUGGGGGCCUGAGGAGCGGAAGCUGCCUGGGAAUAUGCCCUUCACUCGUGGCCAGAGCUUCUCAGUGUGGAUCCUAUGUGAAGUUCAAUGCUUCAAGGUCUCCGUGAACGGGCAACACCUGUGUGAAUACUACCACCGUCUGAAGAACUUGCCAGGCAUCAACAGUCUAGAAGUGGCAGGUGACGUCCUGCUGACCCACGUGCAGACAUAGGCAGGGUCCCUGGCUAGAGAUGAGGGCUGGGGCACCUUGUGUGUAUCUUGUCACCUCUUCUCUGUCUCAGGCCUGGCUUCCCCAAUCCCGCCAUCAGAAUAGCACCUCUGACAGGCGUUCUGGGAAGGGGCAACUCCCAGUUCACUCCCCUCCACAAAGGGGGUGUCCUGGUCUAUGUGGCAUCUCAGCCACAGUCCCAUUGUUCUCAAGUGAGUUAUACACUGAGAGACGUGCCCUCCGUGGCUCUGCCCCUUUCUCUGACCUUUAACCUCUCGGGCCCUUUCCUUUACCCCGCCUUCCCUUCACCCCACCUCAGGAAGGCCACUGUGAUGGCAUCUCACUGGCCUCCAACUGACUAGAAUGUCCUCAUCAGUUCUUCCCCACUCUUUCCCAGUGCCCAUAAAAUAAAUAAUAAUGCUUGUUUACA